ACAAAAAGAAAAUAUGUGCCCACUAUUAAAGUGAAUGUAAAAAGACCCAAUAACAGCAUCGAAAAUUACUAGAAUUAAAGUAUUUAAAAAAAUACAAUCGAUUACUGCAAGAUAAUUAACAUAACUGGAUAGAAGAUUGGCACAAAUUGAGGAAUUUCGUGUCCAGGAUACUUUGUAGCACCGAAAAAUCUGUCUUCCACGGGCGGCCGUUUGAUGCAAAAUUAGCCGUCUCGAAUAUUCAAUGAAGUUUUCCUGACAUUUAUAUUGCGCAUGCAUUAGUUAUCGAGAUAUUCAAUACAUGUGAAAAAAGAAAAAUGGCGCUCGUCUGUUCAAUUAGUGGUGAAGUUCCUGAACAUCCUGUUAUUUCACCAGUUUCGAAACAUAUAUUUGAAAAGCGUCUCAUUGAGAAGUUUAUCUCAGAAAAUGGAACAGACCCCAUAACUGGUGAUAGUUUAUCUGAAUCCGAGCUCAUAGAAUUGAAAACCACUCCUUUGACAAAACCUCGUCCUCCAUCAGCUACAAGUAUUCCUGCCAUAUUAAAAGCUCUUCAAGAUGAAUGGGAUGCUGUUAUGCUCCACAGUUUCACAUUACGACAACAGCUUCAAGCUGCUAGACAAGAACUUUCACAUGCGUUGUACCAACAUGAUGCUGCUUGCCGUGUCAUUGCUCGAUUGACUAAAGAAGCUACAGCUGCAAGAGAAGCUCUUGCAACACUGAAGCCACAAGCUGGUGCUUCUGUCACUUCUGGCCAAGUAUCACAUGUGUCAGGUGCAACUAAGAUUGAUGACACAGACAUUGUGGAACCUGCUGAAGUUGGCAUGUCUGAUGAAGUGCUACAGAAAUUACAAGACAAAGCUACAGAACUCACCAGUGAGAGAAGAAAGAAAGGAAAGAAGGCCCCAGAAGAUUUGACACCUGCUGAUGACCUUCGUUCCUUCAAACAGAUUGCGACGCAUCCAGGACUUCACAGUGCUAGUGUUCCUGGCAUCUUGGCUUUGGACUUACAGGAUCAGGACACUUCGAAAGCAAUAACAGGUGGUAUGGACAAGACUGCGGUUGUAUUUAACAAAGAAAAUGAACAGGUUGUUGCCACUCUUAGAGGACAUACAAAGAAAGUCACGUCAGUUAUAUACCAUCCGAGAGAAGAAAUUGCAAUUACUGCAUCUGCUGACAAUACUGUUCGUGUGUGGAGCAUACCCAAUAGCUCUUGUGCUUACGUCAUAAAGGCUCACGAUGCUGCAGUAACUGGCUUGAGCUUACACGCUACUGGUGAUUACGUGUUGACAUGUUCCAGUGAUCAGUACUGGGCCUUCUCUGAUAUUCAAACUGGUAAAAUCCUCUGCAAGAACAUCUCGGAUCCAAAUGCUAGCCAUGGUUUAACUUGUGCUCAGCUACAUCCUGACGGUUUGAUCUUUGGAACCGGAACAACUGACAGCGUUGUGAAAAUUUGGGAUUUGAAAGAACGAGAAAACGUGGCAAACUUCCCUGGACAUUCUGGACCUAUUACGUCAAUCGCCUUCUCUGAAAACGGAUACUACUUAGCGACAAGUGCUGAUGAUUCCGUUGUCAAACUUUGGGAUUUAAGAAAACUAAAGAACUUCAAAACGAUUACCUUGGAUGAAAGUGAUGAGAUCAAGUCUUUAUGUUUUGACAAAAGUGGAAACUAUCUAGCAGUAGCAGGUUCAAAUAUUCAAUUGUACGUGGUGAAGCAAUGGGAACUGCUGAAGAAACUCACAGAUCAUACUGGACUCGUGACGUCAGUGAAGUUCGGAAAGAGCGCUUCAUUUAUUGCCAGCGCGAGUUUGGAUAGAAACAUCAAGUAUUUCGCUCGCUGAAGAGAUGAGCAGAUGCAAAAGCGUAUGAUACGUGUAUCUCACGUGUAAAACGAUAACGGGUUGAAGAAAAAUUAGCGAAAAGAGACAUUUAUAGAAACGAUAAUAAAAAAAUAAAAAAAGAAACCGAUGUUUUUAACACGUGUUUUUUUUAAGAAAAUGUUUUGUUCCAAAAGUAAAGCAAGGUAUCUCUAAAAUAAAGACAUUUUUUUUAAUUUCUUGUAGCUUUUCGUACUCUUUUUCCGCUUGUUGUGAAAUUUGUAGCGAGUGAAGUUUUAUUUCCUACGUGCGAGAAAAUUUUAUCAGUGUACUUAACAUUGUUUUUUCAGAAAUAAUAAAAUUCUUAAA